GGUUCAGACCCCCCGGGUCAGAGGAAUGACAAAUGCGUGGUGUUCAUAACGAGAGGUGUUGUUUAGUUUUUUUUAACGAGUUUUACUUAUAUAAUAACGAUUUAAAAAUAAAAUAAAAAGCUUCCGUUAAAAAUCAUAUGGACAAGACAACACCGUAAGAACCUAAUUAUUAUUAUUUUUUUUACCGAUUUUGCCUCGUCACUUGAAAUGCCGUUUUUGUACUUCCGACACUGUUGCUGAACGGGUUGCUAACCAGUUAGCCAUGCUAACUAUCUAGCCUGUAUUCACAUCAAAAUAGUCAAAUAACAGGACAGGAAUAACGCAACGACUAAACUAAUAGACGCAGAUUCAUUCCGUGUCAUUUAACUCGUAAAAAUAGUAAACAUUUACUACUUGAAUCGUUUACUUUUGUUGGUUGGAAAACAACCCGUUUUAAGUGAGCUAAGUUGUUAGCCACAUCACAACAUAACUACCGUGAGGACGGUCACCGGGAGCCUCCCGGUCCCCGCGUCUACAGACGGACAAUUAUGGAAGUUAAAUAACUAUAAUAUAACCAACUCCUACAUUUCAUAUUGUUCAUUAUAUAUAAAAUAAAACAUGUCAGCCAGUGGUUUCUCCGACCUGCGGGAAAAGCUGAAGUCCAUGACUCCUCACCGGGACAAUUACAAAAACAAAGUUACCGAUAAGGACGACAGCUACAAAAAUAGGAAAGUUAAAGUUACCGACGGAGGUAGUAGUAACGGGAACGGCCGGAAGCGGAAGCACCGAGAUUCCUCCGAGGAUGAGGUCGAGCCUGUGGAGUCCCGUGAGCAGGAGGCGAGGCGUGUCCAGAGUGGCAUUGUUCAGGUAGAGGUCUUCUCUAAAGAGGACUGUGAUGUCAUUGAGGGCAAGAUAAAUGAGGUGGUUGCUAACGGAGAAGCGGGGCUUUACCGGGAACACACCGUAGAUCGGGCACCGCUACGGAACAAAUAUUUCUUUGGAGAGGGCUAUACAUACGGGGCCCAGCUAGAGAAGAGAGGACCUGGUCAGGAGAGAUUGUACCCUAAAGGAGAGGUGGACGACAUCCCAACCUGGGUUCACGACCUCGUCAUCACUAAACUGGUCGCCAGCGGGGUCGUACCUGAAGGUUUUGUGAACUCAGCGGUGAUCAACGACUACCAACCAGGCGGCUGCAUCGUGUCACAUGUCGACCCGCUCCACAUCUUCGCCCGGCCAAUCGUAUCUGUGUCCUUCUUCUCAGACUCGGCCCUCUGCUUUGGCUGCCGCUUCCAGUUUAAACCAAUCAGAGUGUCUGAGCCCGUCCUGGAGCUUCCUGUCAGGAGAGGAAGUGUUACUGUCCUCAGUGGCUACGCGGCUGAUGACAUCACCCACUGUAUCCGCCCCCAGGACAUCAAGGAGAGACGAGCCGUCAUCAUCCUCAGGAAGACGAGACCAGAUGCUCCCCGUGUAGACCAGAGCCCCUCCCCUAACCCCCCCCCCCCUGAGAGACACGCCUCUCUGAAGGCCAAACGCUCUCACCGCAGAGCUGACCCAGACGCUGCACACAGACCGAGGGUUCUGGAGAUGGAUAAGGAGGAGAAUCGUCACUCCUCCUCUUCGUCCCGCCUUCAUCGCCGUAGCAACAGCUCCGAGAACUACUGGAGGCGGAGCCAAGACGGCGACGUGUCACGCAAGGUCAAGAUGCGGCGUCACUGAACACCGGACUGGAUGGGCUCAGAGAGAGAGAGAGAGAGAGAGUGUGUGUGUGUGUGAGUGAGGGCGUUGGAUCGUCAGUCUGUUAAACCCCCCCCUGCAUGCUUGGAUGGAUGGAACACGCCACGAGGCUGUCAGCCAAUCAGAGACUGGCCUGAGGACAGGGGGCGGGGUUACAGUAAGACUGUGGGAAGUUCUGUUGUUGCUACGCUGCCCCCCCCUGUUGCUACGCCGCCCCCCCCCCCCCCCCCCCCCCCCCCCCCCUCCCAUGUCCUAGUAAACAGUGUUUCUGUAGGAACUAACUCCUCCGUGGUUCAGUGGACAGAGACCCUAUGGGGGAGAUGAAUGGUGUUUCUGUAGGAACUAACUCCUCCGUGGUUCAUUGGACAGAGACCCUAUGGGGGAGAUGAAUGGUGUUUCUGUAGGAACUAACUCCUCCGUGGUUCAUUGGACAGAGACCCUAUGGGGGAGAUGAAUGGUGUUUCUGUAG